AAAAUUUCCUUCACCCUAUUUUGAUUUUCCUACCCAGUUUUUCUUGUGAAAAUUCACUAAAAAUCAUUGCCAUCGGACGUAUUUUCCCAUCCGGAAAUUAUGGCAUUCAGAUUGCUCAUCAAGUCCGGAUUGGCGUACGUCAGCGUUAAAUAUACCAUUGAUCAGGGUGUUUGGGCAUCCAGUGCGAGAACGACGCAACUGUACAAUGACAUUGGUGACAGUUUGAGCCCCCAUUGGGGCGAGGCACGGAAGAAAAUCCCCCUGGAAUUGCCUCUACUUCCUUCGUCUGGAGAGGCAUGCUUUGUAGCCAAGUAUUACUAUAACCAGGGCAUCAAGGGAACCUUCAACUUCAUCCAUCGCCUACCCUGCCACAUUGGUCAAUGGACCAAGAAGGCCAAGGACACAAUCGGCGGCGCUUUUAGUUCAUUUGAAGAAGCUCCAGCCCCGGGAGCUCCAGCGCCAGUCAAGGAGAAAUAGUGUAAAAUCCUCUUAGCGCAAUAAAAUUCUGUUUUGUCUCUCA